UGUUUUCUAUACGUACGUGGUGGUGAAUGGAUGGAUCAAUAAUAAACUUUCAUUCGUUAUGCCUGUUGUUAGCCUAACCUGUUAAGUUAAAUUUUGUGUACAUUUUGCCGAGUUUAUUGAAUUAUUAAACAAUGGCAACCAAUGGGUUGAUGUCCCGAUUAAGGCAAUUCGAUGCUUAUCCUAAAACAUUAGAAGAUUUCAGGGUUAAAACCUUCGGUGGAGCUGCAGUGACACUGCUCAGUGGUUUCCUGAUGUUUAUACUCUUCAUUUCUGAACUCAACUUUUAUCUUUCAAAAGAGGUUAUACCAGAGUUGUAUGUUGAUGCAAGUCGUGGAGAGAAGUUAAGAAUUAACAUGGAUUUAAUUUUUCCCAAAAUGCCAUGUGCCUAUCUAAGCACGGAUGCAAUGGAUAUAUCAGGAGAACAGCAACUUGAUGUAGAGCAUAAUUUGUAUAAAAUACGCCUGGAUAGCAAGGGCAAGAAAAUCUCGGAAACUGCAGAGAAGCAUGAUCUUGGUGAUGGAGCGGCUGAACAAGAAGAUGAAGAAAAAAAGGAAAAUCUUGAGAAGGAAAAACUGGACCCUAAGAGAUGUGAAAGUUGUUAUGGUGCAGAGACUAAGGAUUUAAAGUGUUGCAAUAGCUGUGAUGAUGUGCGUGAGGCCUAUAGACGGAAAGGCUGGGCCUUCAACAACCCAAAGGGAAUUGUUCAAUGUGAAAGGGAAGGCUGGUCAGAUAAGAUGGUAGCUCAGAAGGAUGAAGGCUGUAAUGUAUUUGGAUAUUUAGAAGUUAACAAGGUUGCUGGUAAUUUUCACUUUGCACCUGGUAAGAGCUUUCAACAACACCAUGUGCAUGUUCAUGACCUGCAGCCAUUUUCAGGAAGCAAGUUCAACACAACACAUUAUAUACAAAGUUUAUCCUUUGGUAUGGAAUAUCCUGGAAUGGAAAAUCCAUUGGAUGGAUUAAAAGUUACAGAUGUUAAAGGCUCUACAAUGUACCAGUACUAUGUUAAAGUUGUGCCUACAACAUACACAAACGUAAACGGGCAAACGACAAGAACAAAUCAAUAUUCUGUUACUAAACAUGAAAAGCAAGUAUCAACAAGUGUUGUCAGUAGUGAACAAGGGUUGCCAGGAGUGUUCCUUCUGUAUGAACUAUCACCCCUCAUGGUCAAGUACACUGAAAAAAGUAGGUCUUUCAUGCAUUUCCUUACAGGAGUAUGUGCAAUUAUUGGAGGAAUUUUCACUGUUGCAGGUUUGAUUGAUUCUAUGAUUUACCAUUCAGCAAAAGCAAUACAAAAGAAGAUUGAUCUUGGGAAAGCAUUAUAGUACAUUGCCACUCACCACAUGCCUCAUAAAUUUAACUGCUCAUUUAAAAAAUAUUCAGCCUUAAUUUAUGAUUAUGAUUUUUUUUUUCGUUUUCAUUUACUAUUUUCUUUCCACUCCAGGAAUCAUCUUUAAGUUUUUGAUGGUUGGAUGGGUGGGUUGGUUGGUUGGUUGGUGGCGGAGUGUCUAUAUUGAACAUUAAUUAACAUGCUGUAAGGGCUAACUGUAUUACACACUCAAUAGCCACCAUAAUGACCUAGGAUAAAAUAACUUUUAUUUAUCCACAAAGGGAAACUCAUUUGCUUGUCAAAUUUUAAAGAAAAUAUAUUUAUGUAUAUAUUCAGUAUCAUGGUUUUUACAAGGACCAGUUCCAGUACUACUACUUCCAAUUAUUCAAUAUACUCUUAUUCCUGUAGAAGGCGGGAGAAAAGUAACUUUAAUCUAUCAGUGUACUAGAAUUUUUUUGUAGUACAGUAAAGGCCUAUUACAUAAUUUUAAGACUAAUAGUUAUUAUAGUAACACUUUCUAUACCGUAUUUAUUGGAAUAAACGCCCCUCAUUGAAUACAUGCCCCCCUCAAAUUAAUUCCCACUCCAGCCCCUCAUUUUGAGUACCGUAAACACCUUGGGGCGUUCAUUUUAUCUCGUAUAAACUCUCCAAGUGACUGUAAACAAAACUAGUGGAAGCAACAUUGUUCUUAACACAUUCUAUUACUUUUCUACUUGGAGUAGAAUUACAUUUUUUCUAUCCUGUUUGGUAUAAAUAAUUCUUUAUUAUCACACAAUAACAUAUUCUCAACUUUUGUUUAAUAAUGUGUUGAAGUUCCACAUUUAUAUUGGGCGUAUAUUUGAGUAUCAAUUUUACACCAAAAAAAUUAAUACCUCUCAAAUUUAGUCCCCCUCAAAAACCCUUCUCAACAAUAAACACCAAAUAAAUAUGAUAAUUAUUUUUCUUUCACUUUUACAUUGGCUGUACAUGGAUUAAAAUUUUUGAUCUAAAACGUUUGUAAAUUAGUGAAAACAGAAUUGCUUAGAUAUGCCUGAUUGGCGAUUGAUAAAUUUUUGAUCUUUUUAAAAGAGAAUCUCCUUUUAUAAAGGAUUUUGUAGGAUUUUUUUAGAUUUUAUUUCAGAUUAUAUGCCUAUAUCUUAAAGCUGAUGGAGUAGGGAUUAUGUCUUAUAAAUAUUUACGUCCAAUGCUAUAUUCAAUGCAUUUAUUACAGCAUUGAAACAAUUCAACAGCUUCAAUUUUUAAGGGUGGAUGAUUUUUUUUUAUUUGCCAGAAAUUCUGAACCUGAGCUACAUUUUAAGCUCAUUUUUCUAUUUAAUAAGCCUUUUUCAAUUAAUAAAUUAUAGUUAAUAGUUAUGCGAUAUUGCUUCAAAUUUAUUAUUUAAUUUAUAGUUAUUUGUUUUUUGUUUGUUAAUAUAAAUGCUGUACACCACGUAGCCGGAGUCCCAGGCCCUAAAUUUGGGUUACUCACUUUUUAUUGCGCAUAGUGCGCGCCAUACCACAUUUAAAUGUCGUCCUCUGAAUUACUGGUGUAAUGAGAAUGAGAAAAAAAAAUAAGGGACACUACGUAGAAAGUUAUGAAACUACAAUAAUUUAAGUACAUAUUUUUCUGUUUUUCGUUUGUUAGUACAGUAGUUGUAAAUUAAAAAUGCUGUGAUGUGUCACUGUUUUUGUGCAGAAAUGUGAAUACAUAGGAUUACUGUAGGCCUACUUUGUGGUAGUACACAAAAAUAAAGUUUCUGUCUCACGUGCGAUGAUGACUCACGGAGAAGCUUACAUAUUAUUGCUUAAAACCAUUGGUUUUUAUUUUAUUAAAAUCUAUUUAAUUUUUUUCAAAGCUGUAAUAUUUUCCAUUAAAUUAUAAUUGGUAUGUAUAUUUUGGUCUUUUUUCAGCACAAAAUCUAACAGAAUUUCUAUUUGGUUAGUUUAAAUCUAGCCUUGUAAAGUACAUUAUGUUCAUGAAAUCAAUAAAACCACCAUAUCCAUUUUGUAA